AUGAGGGCAAACACGAGUCACGCUAUAGCUCAACCAGAGUCAAGACUAUCUCCCCGCACCGAGCCUACUUCAGGAGAUGGGGCUAGCUCUACACAUCGCGUUCGACGUCGCAAUCGAGUCAUCCAUUCAUGUCUUGAGUGUCGCCGGCGGAAGAUCAAAUGCGGUAGAGGAGACCCUUGCGAAAAUUGUCUCGCGUCAGGGGAGCAAUGUAUCUAUGUCAAUGCUGCGACUACCGACGCCCAGUUUCAGCAGCGAUUGAAGGACAUGAAAGAAGCCAAAGAUGCGAUCGAGGACGGGUUCCAGGACAACAUAGACUGUGAAACCAUUCAGCAAGAAGUAAAAGGGUCGAGACGUAAACGGCCAAGACACCCAGAUGAAGUUGAAGAUGAUUUAGAUACUUCGGCUGAUGAAGGGCUCCUGGAACCUACACCGCUGGCAGUUCAUGAUGCAGCAUAUGCCGACGAGGCAGAUGAUGAUGUCCACGAUUUGGGCUUUAGAAUCGGAAGAAUGCGACUAGGGGAGAGGAUUGGGGGUCUGUAUCGCCCAAGGAUAGCCGAUGAGCUAUAUUCAUCUCUUCAAUAUAUCCCAAAGCGCAGCUCCCGCUUUGUACCGCCACCUGUCGUUUCUGUCCCAGCCAAGGACCUCUUAGGGCCUGGACUGUCCUUUACGGCUCCUUCGCCGGACUUCAUAUUCAGCUUAUCCUCAAUUGAACCAUUACUGGGAUAUAUUCCCCAUCGCAACGUCGCAGACAAGCUACUUGAACAGUACUGGGUUGCCGUUCAUCCUAUCGUAAGGAUCCUUCACAGGCCCUCCUUUGCGCAGCGAUAUGAAACUCUUUGGGAAGCUAUUGAGAACGGAGAGCCAGUAGCCCCAUCUCUCGUAGCGCUCGUGUAUUCUGUUCUCUUCUCAGCCGUGAUUAGCAUGUCAGAAGGACAAGUCCAAGAGGUCUGUCGAGAUUCCCGGGAACAACUGAGGAACAGCUUGAAGCUUGGGGUAGAGGCUUCUCUGGGGCGAGCUCAAUUGCUCAGAUCCACAAAGAUCGAAACACUACAAGCUUUUGUGGCAUAUCUGAUGCCAAUGUGUAUUGACGAGAUCUCUCGUGCCCACACUGUUUUGGCUGCCAUGGCAAUUAGGCUAGCAGAAUGCAUGGGACUGCACAGGGAUCCAUCUGAGUACGGCUUCUCUUCGGUCGAAUGUCAAAUUAGACGCCUCAUUUGGUACCAAAUCUGCUACCUAGAUCUCAAGACAAGUGAGAUCCAGGGUCCUAGACCAUCUAUCCAUCACGAUGGAUAUACCACACAACUUCCAUUUUAUGUGACUUUGUCCCAAUCAUCCUCUCCAAAUGCCGCGCCUACCUGGAAGGAUAUGAUUUUCUCCAGUAUCCGAUUUGAAUGUCAGGAGAUGCACCGCAAAUGUUUAAUGCUGCGUACCAAGGUCGAUCAGAAAAAGAUCAGUCUUAGCAAAGCAAUCUCUGAGAUUGAAGCUUUUCGGGGCUCGAUGGAUGCAAAAUAUGGUCCUUAUCUCAAUGCAGUGACCCCAAGUCCAAUACAAAGAGCGGCACAGCUUGUGAUGAAGCUCCUGACCAACCUACUGUACCUCAUUCCCCUGCACCGAUAUAUGAACAGUGUGACCUAUAGGAUACCUGAUAGGUUACGCCAAAUCGUUCUAACCAAAGGUGCCGAGGCACUUGAAGCUGCGGUGGAACUCCAAUCAGCCGAGGAUCUCAAACAAUGGUCCUGGUAUAGUGGCGCCUACCAGCAAUAUCAUUCAGCAUUGCUCUUGCUAGUCGAAGUGUUCACAUAUCCCAUGCGUAGAGUGGCCAAUCGCAUCUGGCACUGCUUGGAUUUCAUUUUUGAGGCGGUUUUGACAGACAUACCUUCCUUGGGUACGGACCGAGCCAACCCGAUGGCCCUCGAUAUAAUUGGGCACCGAGACUUGAAAGCGAGAUAUUUGUUGAACAUGAUAUGUGAUCGAAUGAGGGCGUAUCAGAAAGCUAAAGGCUUGAAAAAUCCCGUUAGAUUCAAUGAUUCAAUGUUCACCGUUACACCACAGAAACUUGGUGAUGCUACAGACCCCAGGAUGCCACUCAACUAUGCCCAUGGGGAACCGGGAUCAGGCCCACACAUUCCAGAUCUACAAUCUACUCUUGAUAAUCCAGUGCCUCCACACGGGGAGGUAAACCCAGACAUGAGUUAUUCCUCAUCUGAAAUACCAGGGCCCCGUAUCGCCUUAUCCACCGGGAACCCUCAAGCUGUGGGGAAUCUACCGAAUGCGUGGGCUUCAUCCACCCGGAAGCUCCCUCUUCCGCUUCAGUACGGCGAAGAUAGCAGCACAAAGUUCCGGUCUAGCUGUCUCCGCAGCUAUGCAUCGAGCGCUACCCAGAACGAGAACAUGCCAACAAAUCUGUACUUUGAAGCGCAAGGUGGAACUGACAGUAUUGAUCCUCAAAUGCUUGAAAUUGACUGGAGCAUUUGGGACAGCAUAUUUCCGCCUGAGACGAACGAUGGUAAUUUGGAUAUACCGGGUGAUUCCAUGUAG